AUAUCCUACAAUGCCUGAUAUGUCGCAGGUUGUUGGAGUGAAGUAGCUACUGAUGAGCCUGUUACACUGAAAAACAUCCAGUUAAGCUGAGAACAGAAAUAUUCCCACAAUGCUUUCAUGAUAAAAGAUGUUUCUACAACGGCUGAGAAUCAGACGGACAGACCCCGCAGUCAGGGAUGACCCGCGGUGGGUAGAGGGCCCAAAGAUUGUAAUCCAGUAAAAGUAGAAAGGUAGGUUGCAGUAAAACUACUCCUAGAUGUUCCUGUUUCUGAAUAAAUGUUUGAGUUACUACCACCUCUGGGGAUGAGCUAGUUUUUAGGUUCUCUGGAAUGUUAAUGUAAUGUUUUUCUCUCUGUCUUUGGAUAAGGUUUUAGGAAUUAAACCUUACUGUUUAACAGUGAGCUGUUGUGUUUUGUCCAAGCUGAAACAGUUAAAGGAAAUAAAGCGUAUUGAACGUGAGUCAGAGUGAAAGGUGUGCUUGCUGUCUGUUCGUUGCUUGGAUGGCGGGGGUUGGGGUGGUUUCCUGCUGAUCUGCGGCAGCCAGUAAAUGCGCUCUCUUCCUGAACUCAGCACUCUGUAAAACUGAAAGUCCCUGACAGAAGCAGGCGCACAUGGUGACAGGGACUGACGGGAAAACAGUCCUCUGACGCCUCCAGUAACGGCUGAAGAGAAGCACAUCCAGCUCUGUAGAGGAACCCUCCCAGAACCUGGACUUUCUGCCCCAACGCAGAGUUUGGAGAGUCUCUUGGUCUGGAAACACGAGCAGAAUGAGUCAGUGGAAGCAGAUUCAGCAGCUGGAGAUGAGGCUCCUGGAGCAGGUGGACUACCUGUACGAUGACAACUUCCCCAUGGACAUCCGACAGAGCCUGGCUGGCUGGAUCGAGUCCCAGGACUGGGAUUCUGCAGUCAACGACGAGCCAAUGGCUUCGGUUAUGUUCACCAACCUGCAGACCCAGCUGGAGAAGGUCCGAAUGCAGGAGCAGAACUUCCUGCAAAGACACAAUAUGAAAAUUAUUCAGCAACAGCUACAGAGGAAAUACACGACCAACCCUACGGCCAUGGCCAGAGUGAUCUCCACCUGCCUCAGGGAGGAGCGGCGGAUCCUGUCCAGCACCUGCACACAGGAACAGGGGGCGCUGGAACAGUCGUUGCAGAACUCUGUGGCCUUUGAAAGACAGAAGAACAUGGACAACAGAGUGGGGAUCAUCAGAAACAGUGUCCAGUUGAUGGACCAAGCUGUGAAAAACAUUGAGGACAUGCAGGAUGAUUUUGAUUUCUUCUACAAGACGUUGCAGUCACGAGAAUCAACAGAUAGAACGUCUGACAUGAUAAAACAGGGAAUAACAAGACUACAGGAAAUGCUCAACAGGCUUGACUUCAAAAGGAAGGAGAUUUUGUCCAAAAUGGAUGUGGUAAUCAAAGAGAUCGACGACCUGAUGACCUCUCAGCUCAGACCUGAGCUGCAGGACUGGAAACGCAGGCAGCAGAUCGCCGCCAUCGGUGGUCCCAUGCUGACUGGGCUGGAGCAGCUGCAAAGUUGGUUCACUCUGACAGCACAGAGCCUCUUCCAGAUAAAACGGCAGCUGGACAAACUGGGAGAGCUGGUCGUCAAAGUUACUUACGAGAGCGAUCCGAUACCGCUACAGAAACCUCAGAUGGAGGAACGCGUUAAAUACCUCAUCUACCAUCUCAUCAAGAGCUCCUUUGUGGUGGAGAAGCAGCCCUGCAUGCCCACACAUCCACAGAAACCUCUCAUCAUCAAGACCGGAGUACAAUUCACCACCAAAGUCAGACUUUUGGUCAAACUUCCUGAAGUGGAUUAUCAGCUAAAAGUGAAAACAACAUUUGACAAGGACCUUCCUCCUGGCAGAGUAAGUCGACAGUUCUUCAUCCUCACCAACAACACUAAAGUGAUGGACAUCGAGGAUUACUCCAACGGCUGCCUCUCCGUCGAGUUUAGGCACUUGCAGCUGAAAGAGAAGAAAUACACCAACGGAACCAAAGGGAAUGAGGGUCUGCUCUCCGUCACAGAAGAACUUCACUCGCUUAGCUUUGAGGCCUGCUUCACGGUGCAGGGCCUCACCAUCGACCUGGAGACGUGUUCCCUGCCGCUGGUGGUGAUCUCCAACGUGAGCCAGCUGCCAGGCGGCUGGGCCUCCGUCAUGUGGUACAACCUCCUGACUGACGAGCCCAGGAACCUGGGCUUUUUUGGUAACCCGCCCCGGGCCAGCUGGAGCCAGCUCUCCGAGGUUCUCAGCUGGCAGUUCUCCACCUUUGCUGGUCGAGGCCUCAACAAAGAGCAGCUCGAUAUGCUGGGAGAGAAGCUCCUGGGCCAGCUCGCCUCAUGCGGCGACUAUCAAGUCUCCUGGUCCAAGUUUGCUAAGGAGAAUAUUCCAGGAAAGCCCUUCAGUUUCUGGAUGUGGUUGGACUCGAUCCUGGAGCUCAUCAAGAAGCACCUGCUGCCCGUCUGGAAUGAGAACUACAUCAUGGGCUUCGUGAGUAAAGAGAUGGAGCGCGCUCUGCUGAAGGACCGGGAGCCGGGGACCUUCCUGCUACGCUUCAGCGAGAGUCACCUGGGAGGAAUCACCUUCACCUGGGUGGAGCACAGCGACAGCGGGGAUGUGAAGUUCAACUCCGUGGAGCCGUACACUAAGAACCGUCUGAGCGCGCUCCCCUUCGCCGACAUCAUCCGCGACUACAAGGUGAUUUCUAACGGGGGCGUUCCUGAAAACCCUCUCAAGUUCCUGUACCCCGACAUCCCCAAAGACGAGGCCUUCGGGCGGCUCUACAACAGUCAGCCCAGCAAAGUCCAUCCCUACAUCCCGUCCACCCUGAUCCCCAUCUCUGAGCUGCGGUCUGAAGCCAGCACCACGCCCCGCUCCUGUCCGUCUCCAGAGCCGCCCAUGACUCCCGGGGAGUUUGACAUGCUCAGUGAGCACCUGUGCUUCGACAUCGACACCAUGAAUUCUCCAUACUCAGAGUAAAGUAGGAGCAACGCUUUGAUUCAUGAUGUUUCCACAUCUGUCGCCUCUUCAUCUAAACGUCAAGUUGUUGUUUUUUCAUAUUUAAUGUUGAUGCAGUCUAGGCUCCAGGCUAACCUUUAGAUGACUAAACUUCUCUGUAAAAAGUCUUGUUUUUUUCUUAAUAAAUUCACACCUUAAUGCAAACCUCUUCAUUGUGUCCCAUUAUCAUCAUCGCUCUCCCUCGCAUGAAGAACUCUGCAUUGAUUUUAUUUUAUU